GCGGUGGGACAAGAAAUUUAAAAUUUUUAUUUUUUACUUUACAAAGUAAUUUAUUAAUAAUAAUUUUGGUUUAUCAGAGAAAACGGAGUAUAAUAAUAGAUAACGGACCAAUAAAUAAAUUAAAAAACAUGGAUAUAAGUCAUAAAUUAGAAGAAUUGGCUCUGAGUUUGUAUCGAAUAGAUGCGGUAAAGUUUGGCGACUUCGUGACUAAAAGUGGUAUCAAGACACCAGUUUACUUUGAUUUGAGAGUUAUUGUGAGCUAUCCAGAAGUUAUGGAAUUGAUAUCUCUUCUCCUAUAUGAUCAUGCCAUCAAAGAGAGUAAAUUUGACCAUGUCUGUGGUGUGCCUUAUACUGCUUUACCCAUAGCAACACUAUUAAGUGUUAAAACCAAGAAAUCCAUGUUGAUGCGGCGCAAAGAAACCAAGUCUUACGGGACCAAGAAAGCAAUAGAGGGGCAUUAUAAGCAGGGAGAGAUAUGUCUUAUUAUCGAAGAUGUAAUAACCUCUGGAUCAAGUGUAAUGGAAACUGUGGCCGAUUUAAAAAAAGAAGGCCUCAAGGUCGAGGAGGCAGUUAUAAUAUUAGACAGAGAACAGGGUGGGCGGCAAAAUCUAGAGUCAAAUAAUGUUCAUAUUAAAUCACUGUUCACAAUGACAGAAUUAAUAAAUAUACUUCUGAAGAAUAAUAAAAUUAGUAAACAGACGGGUGCUGACGUGAUCAAUUAUUUAAAGAAUGUUCAGGCACCUGUACCUGUUGCUGAAGUUGACAGAACAUUGCUUCCUUAUGAAAAACGAGCAGAAUUAACUUCAAACUCGAUCGCAAAGCGCCUCUUUACAAUCAUGGCUACAAAGAAGACAAACCUGUGUUUAUCUGUUGAUCUCACAUCUUCUACAAAAAUACUAGACCUAGUACAGAAAGUGGGUGAACAUGUGUGCUUAGUAAAAACACAUAUAGACAUUGUAGAAGACUACACAGACAAUUUUAUAGUACAGUUGAAGGAGUUGGCACAGAAAUUUAAUUUCCUUGUAUUAGAGGACAGAAAAUAUGCAGAUAUUGGUCAUACAGUAAGCUUGCAGUACUCCAAAGGGUUGUAUAAUGUGGCUGAUUGGGCAGAUUGUGUGACCGUACACUCUUUGCCUGGUGAAGGUAUAUUGAAGGCACUGAAUGACUCCGCUCAUUCGAGUAGAGGAGUUUUUCUGUUGGCUGAAAUGAGUAGCGAGGGCAAUCUCAUAACUCCAGAUUACACUGAAGCAACAGUCAAAAUGGCCGCCAAAUACCCAGAACUGAUUACAGGUUUUGUUUGUCAAAAGAAAUCCACAUUUAAGGAUCCCAGCCUUAUCCAAUUGACACCUGGUGUUCAAUUAGAAAGUUCAAAAGAUGAAUUAGGCCAAGUUUAUAAUACUCCAGAGAAAGUGAUUUUGGAAAAUGGUGCUGACGUCAUAGUAGUGGGCAGGGGUAUUGUUUCGGCUAAGAAUCCAGAGGCACAAGCUGUUGUUUAUAAAGAUACUCUAUGGAAGUGUUAUACUAAAAGAGUUUCUGGGAAAUUGGAAUGAGGCACAAACUGUUAAAUUUACAUGUAUAGCUUCUCAAAUUUUAUGAACUGUUAAGCGCAAAUAGUUUUUUUAAGGAUGUGGGUAGCAGAGUAAGCAACAAAUAUUUGUUAUCUUUCUAUAUCAUUAUAUAAUUUAUACAUUCCUGUUAAAUCAUAUUUGUAAUGUAGUUUAUUUUUAUAAAUAAAGCAAUUAUUUACUG